AUUUCCAUUUUUGCCCCUCCUGUCAAACGCAGUUGCAGAACCGAACACGAUUCACGCAUUUAAUAUAUGUACAUACAUACUCGUAGUACAUAUAAACAUGUGCAUGAACUCCAAAAAGUCAAUUGAGUUUGCACCCACACACGCUUACACAUAGAUUUCGCUGCAAACCAGUCUGUGCUGCGCCGCACACGACCGCCAAGGGGAGCCGCGACGCGAAUGUCGAAACAGCGAUGGCGAAUGCAAACGUCUCUUUUGCGUACACGCACCCACCGAAUGCUUGAAAAACGCAAUUGCAGCCGCAAAAAAGUGCAUACAACAACUGGCAACAAAACCAAAAAAAAAUAUUAAAGUAAUAAUACAACAAACACACGGCAGCAAUGGCAACAAUACAAAAAUGUGUAAAUGGCCGCGUAACAUGCCAGUGAUCGUACACUCGCGGCAGUCGCGAACUCGCUCAUGCGCUCGCAUUUCGCUAUGCAUGCCGAUGCCACAAGCAACGGCUAACAAGAACAAAAACAACAAAAACGCAAACGAAAUGCACGAGUAUGACGCUGCUUCGGCGAAUCUAUGUUUUCACUACAUAAUUCUUAUUAUUGCUGUUGUUGUUGUUAUCUUUCAUAUAUUCAUUUGCCAAUGCCAACGAUCGCUGUCACGACUGCAAUUGCAUUUGUUGUUUGCCCACUCGCUCACACUCGCGUGCAAAUGUGCAGCGAAUGCGUGUGCCAGCAAGUGCCAAUAUGCAGCAGCAGUGUAUAACUGUUAUACCGAGAGGAGAGCGCAUUGGCGAAUAAGUGUUGUUGGUAUGUGCGCGUAGACUACGCAUAAGUGCAGUGAGGGGAAAGUGCAUGCCAUGCGUUGCAAUGCAGAAACGCUGUGAGAGCGAUUUGUUGUGUUUGUUUGCUUUUUUGUUGCCCUCGCUGCUGUAUAACAGUCGAAUAGCAUAGAAUUUCCCCUCAAUCGAGCAUGCAAUGCAUUUUCUCCUGCCAAGGGCCACCACCACCACCACAGCAGCAUACAAUACAUACACAAGCACAGAUAUAUUUACUGUUGUAUGUGUGUGUAUGCGUGCCUGUGCGUGAGCGUGGGUUAGUGAAUUUUCUUUUUGCUUGGAUUUUCACAAACAUUUCUCCUGCAGCGCAGAGAGUCUGAUUUUUUUUUUUUGCCCUUGCACUGCCAAUGCGAAGGGGCAAUGCUGAAGUCGGUCGGUCGGUUGAUGACUGAGGCGCCGCUUUUCUAAUAUAAUACGCUUGGUUCGUCUUAUUUGGCUGGUAAGGAGGGUGUUUGCCUGUGUGUGUGUUUGUCAUUGUGUUUGCCCAAUUGAGAGCGGGGAAAAUGAAGCGUAGAGUAUGAAAAUUUUUGGAUUGACUUGCCGCGUGCACCGACAGCGCAUUUUUAUUCAAGUUUGAGCACUCGGAUCUGCAACAACGCAACGUGACGCAGAAAAUUUACAAAACAAAAAUACAAAAAAUUGGGAAAAACACAAAAUUCCGCACAAGUUUGUAAUUCAGCUAGAAACUUAACUGUGACAUUCGAAAAAAAAAUUACAACAAAAUAUAAAAAUAAAAAACAACAACAAAGCAUAAAAAUAAAAAAUACCAGAAAAUAUUUAAAUUAAAAUAACAACAAAAUUUAAAAAUUAUAAUAAUAACAACAACAAAAUUUUAAAAAUAGAAAUAACAACAAAUUUUAAAAAUAAAAAUUACAACAAAAUAUAAAAAUAUAAAUAACAACAAAAUACAAAAAACGCUAAAUACAAUAAUAAAAGCCAUUGCAAAUGUUUGCGCAAACUUGAUGCGUACGUGCGUUGAGUGAAAAUUGCAGUGUAGUUAUAAACACGGAAGGAAAGCAACAACAUUUUUAAAGUCCAAUAGACAAUUGUAAAGCUUUAAGCUGGCUCUCAAAAUACGCAAGAAUCUCACCUAUAACUCAUCCACAUCCUCAUCAUCCACCCCAACUAACAUCAACGAUCACGCAUCCACAUCCGCUAACGAUCCUGAAAUCUCAUUAUCAUCCUUGUCCUCGGCCCUCUUACCGGCAUCAUUGCUGAGUACGACAUUUCAGAAUCUCAUACCAUACGCCAUUGCAGGCAUAGCGCCGGGACCGCAUAAUCUGUUGGCACCGCCGCCGCCGCCCUUGCCGGCAUCCUCGUCUUUGUCGUCGCUGCCAGCGGCGUCUGCGACAUCGAGCUGCGGCCCCAACAACGGUUCGAGCAGUGCCGAUUCUAGCCCACAGACAAGCGCUAACAGCGCAAUUUCAGCACACGCAGCCAUGGGUGGUCCACAUCCGCCAUUGCCGCCGACCAUUGAGGGUCAAACAUAUUGUUUACGUUGGAAUAAUCACAAAUCGAAUCUAGUGGAGAUUCUUGAUGCGCUAAUUAAGGUCGAGAGUUAUGUUGACUGCACAAUUGUUGUCGACGAUCAAGUGCAAUUCAAAGCGCAUCGCGUGGUGCUCGCCGCCAACUCGCCAUAUUUCCAGGCCAUACUGCAGGACGUACCCAUGGAUCAUUGCAGCAUUAUAUUUCCCGGCGUUAAAGCAUUUGAAAUGCGUGCACUACUUGAUUAUAUGUACACGGGUGAAGUGAAUGUCACGCAAAGUCAGAUACCCACAAUAAUGCGUAUUGCCGAGGAGCUGGAGGUGAAAGGACUUUUCGAUAUGGCCGAUCUGAAGGAGAAGUUCAACAAACUAAGCGAAGAACAUGCGGAUCGUGCCAGUCACGGUUAUCCGUAUGCCGCAGCCAGUACUUCUGGUCUAACCGCACCAUAUGCCAUGGCUACGAGUUCAUCCUCGGCACAAGGCCUACCCAGUGGUGUACACAAUGGCAAGGAGCAUCAUGGCGCCGAUUUUCCAAUGCCUUCACAACACAAUUCCUCAUCCGUGAUCUCAACAUCAUCGCACAUAUCACCAUCAGCUGCCGCUUCGAGUACAUCUUCGCCACCAUAUACUAACUAUAAAUCGCCAUAUACCAAUCUGUAUUCCAAAUCGCCUGGUCCCUCUAAUGGUCCCGGUUCUGCUGGGAAUGGAUCUAGUUUAGGACAAAGCAAAUCGGCCAAUACACCACAGACACCAACACACUCACAAACUCAACCGCCGAAUGCAGAUCACGCACAAUGGCCGUUAUCGCCUUCGGCAGCGGUCGGUAUGUUGGGCUCCGUCUAUGACUCUGUGCCAGACAAUCCACUCAAGCGUAAAAAACUGUCGUCCAUGACUUCAAUGUUAAUGAACCGCGAUACACCCAUUCUACGUAACGUCUUAGCUCAAGCCAAUCCCGCCGAUUCAUCUCAGCCGAUAUCAUUCUCUAUGCCUAGUGCCAGCAAAACCGACAGCAAAUCCAGUGCCGAUAAAAACUCGCCGCAUGGAGGUUCAAUGGGUGGACACAACAACAACCAUGGUCAGCACUUCAACGGCGGCGCCGACUUUGGUAGCGAAAAGAAAUAUCACGAUGAACCACAUUCGCCUUACACAGAUCGUUCGUUUGAUGACGACGCCUACGAUGCCAAGGGCAAUUAUGGUGGCGGCUUCAGCUCCAACUCAAAUCAGAAACCCGAAUGGAAACGCUAUAAACAAUACACACGCAGCGACAUUAUGUCCGCCAUACAGUGUGUACGGGAAGGUAUGAGCGCACUACAAGCCUCACGAAAGUUUGGUGUACCGUCGCGCACGCUCUAUGACAAAGUCAAGAAGCUGGGCAUAACCACAGGUCGGCCAAUGAAUCGCACCAUGAAACGUAGUCCGAGUACGGUGGAUUCGACUGCUGCUUUCUCCUACCCACAUGCUUAUGGCGCCGAACCCUUAAUGUCAACGAUGCAUGAAGGACGCAAUGACGAACGCGAGCCCAAAGAUCACCACCGCGCCGAACAUCACCACAUGCCACCACAAUUGCCGCAUUCGCUCUUAGAUCAUGCGUUGCUACAACAGGCGUUGGAGAGCCGUGGAGGCGAUAUUGCCGGACGUGGCGCACUGUUGUUAGCAGCAGCCGCACAUGCUGCUGCGAACCGUAUCUCAACCAGCCCGGGUCCGAACGGUUCGAAUGCCAUGCGUUCGCCGAGUCCACCGAAUUAUGGCCGCAAAUACGGACGUGGCAGUGAGCAAGAUUUUGCCAUGGAGCGGGACGGACGUAGACGUGAACGCGGCAGAGACCGCGAUAUGGACAGUAGUCGAGAAAAUGAGCGUCGCAUGCUGGAGCAUGAGUUAGAUCGCGAGCGUGAGCGCGAACUGGCAAGUGAAAGUGAUCGCGAACGCGAACUUGAGUAUGAACGUGAGCAGCGCGAAGAACGCGAAUGUGAGAGGAAACGUGCGCGCGAAUACGAACGCGAACAUGAGCGCGACAUGGAACGUGAACACACACGUGGGCGUAAGCGUGCCAGCCGACGACGCUCUCACGACGAUGAGGAGGAGACUACCGGCCAGGUUGAAGAUCUAUCUGUAGCGCGCCGCAAUUGCAUGUCACCAGCGCCAACAGAAUCGCCACACAGACGUACACGUUCACCAUCCUACUCACCACCACCACCACAACCGCCAACAGCAACAGCACCACCAACAGCGCUUGAAUGCGGUAGUGGCGUUAUAAAACUGGCAACCGCAGCCGCCGUUGCGGUAGCCGCGUCAACAGCCGAUGAUAGUCGUUGUUCGAGUCGCAGUAGUAACGGUUUAACGAUGGCUGAUAAUAUCAGCAACGAUGAGUACAACAACGAAACGAGUGCCACCCUAGAGGCAGCAACAACAAUGACCGCGAUAAAACGUGAAAUCAUUAGCAGCGACGACGUACGCACCGACUGAUUAAUGCUCUCCAUGGCGUGGCACUACGCAACCGAUACCUGUUAUGAAUCGUUGUUCUGGAGCCGUUGACUGCUGUCCGUUAUGCGUGCCAUUUUUCGCUUACCGCGUACAUAACUUUAGUAAGGAAUUUACGGUGCAAUAGGCGUCUGAAAGUGGGGGCAGUCUAAAGAAGCUUUAAUUGAGUUCCCUAAUGUUGAAUUUUUUGAGUGUUAGUGGCUGCGAAAAGGGGCCACCUACUAAAAACCGACAACCGGUGUCGGACUUAUCAGUGAACUCAGUGAAUAUGUAUUAAAUAUUACUUGUUAUUGGUGUAAAUUCUUUAAAUUUGGCAAUGCGCACUAAUUGUAUACAACAUUACUAUUGGUUUAUUAAAAAAAAAAAUAAUAAUAAUAUGCAAAAUAUUAUAAUUCCUUGAAAAGCGCUUAAUUUGCUGCAAAAGAGUAGGUGCCACAAACA